AUGAGCAGUCACGCAGCUAACUACGGUCUUGGUGCGCCUUUCAAAACCGUCGCCCUCUUCGGCGCAAACGGACAGAUUGGUGAGCGCAUUGUUUAUGCUCUAAAAUCUUCCAAGAGACCAGGUCAUACGUUCAAGAUUCUCGCUUUUAUUCCGCCCGAUACACACCUUGCAAAACGAAACGGUGUAGUCAUCAAGACCUUCGACGCGAAAGAUGCGAACCGGUCGGAUCUUGCAAAAGACCUUGAAGGUGUAGAUGCUGUUGUGAGCGCCUUGAACGGCCCUGCUUUGGAAGCUCAAGCCACGAUUCAAGAUGCUGCAGCGGAUGCGGGCGUAAAGCGCUUCUACCCUUCUGAGUUUGGGUUCCACCAGAUUUAUCGUAAACCCAACGACCCCAUGGGAUACAUCCAUCCAGCCUGGAACUUGAAAGCUCAGGUCAACGAACGCGCCGUUAUCCACCCAGCCAUUCGUUCCGGCAAAAUGAGCUUCACCAUGAUUGGCUGCGGUGACUUCUACAACCAAGACCGCGAGAAGGUAUGGUGUCCAUGGACCCAGUCCCCUGACUCUAUAAACAAGUACACCAUCCAUGUCAUUGGUGACCCAAACGCGGAAGCAGAUUAUACGCAUCUCGAUGACUUCGCAAAUUACCUAGUGGCUACCCUGCUCGAGCCUGCAAAGAGCGAGAACCAAUACCUCAACGUCGUUAGCGAUACGAUAUCGCAUGCUAGGAUUGCCGAAUUGCUGCGCAAGUACACUGGGAAGAAGGUGGACCUAGAAGUGCAGGAUGAAGAUGCAAUGCACAAAAUUUGGGAUGAUCCAAGCAAGGCGCCGAAGGAACACACCGAAAGUGCGUUUCCAGUGGAUUUUUGGUACCUGGUGAAGGGAACGCAAGGUAAAGGCGAGUUCGUGAGGCCGAAGAGCCAGAUCCACAAUAAUCUAUUCGAAGGCAUGUCGGUCACACCGUUCGAAGGAUACUUCAAGCAAAAGUUUGGGGAUGUCGCAAAGUUGUAG